CUUAUCCUGUUGCACGGUCUGCAGGGAGCCAUGGCUGCAGCUGUGAAUCCUCUGAAAAGCCUCCGAGACGAAGCUACUUGCUCCAUCUGUCUGAGUUUUUUUAAGGAUCCAGUAUCUUUAGAUUGCGGGCACAAUUUCUGCCAAGCCUGCAUUGCCCAGUGCUGGGCGAGACCAGACACAGACAUCUCCUGCCCUCAGUGCAGAGAGACCUUCCCCCAGGGGACCCUGAGGCCGAACAGACAACUGGGGAACAUGGUAGAAAUAGCCAAGCAGCUGAGUGUCCCGGCAGCAGCAGGAGGUUUUUGCAACGUGCACCAGGAGCCUUUCAAACUCUUCUGUAAGCAGGACCAAGUUCUCAUCUGUGUGAUCUGCAGGGAAUCCCAGGCUCACCGCGCUCACAGGGUGGUCCCUAUAGAGGAGGCUGCCCGGGAGCACAAGGAUCAAAUUCAACCCCGACUGAACACCCUGAAGCAAGAGAGAGAAGAACUUCUGGAGUGGAAACAGGAUGGAGAGACGCAAAGUCAGGAAUAUCUGGGAAAGAUAGAAGCUGAGAGGCAGAAGAUUGUGUCUGAAUUUGAGCAACUGCGGCAAUUCCUGGAGGAACAAGAGCGACUCCUGCUGGCCCGGCUGGAAGAGCUGGACAAGGAAAUUGUGAAGCUACAGGAUGAAAAUGUCACCAAACUGUCUGAGGAGAUUUCCCGGCUCAGUGACUUGAUCAGUGAGAUAGAAGAGAAGUGUCAGCAGCCAAUGAGUGAAUUUCUGCAGGACAUCAGAAGCACCUGGAGCAGGUGUGAGAAGCUGAAGUUCGAGAAACCAGUGGCAGUGCCAGAGGACCUGAGAGAGAGAGUCGGCGUCUCUUCCCAAAGAAAUGUUUGUCUGCAGGAGACUCUGAAGAAAUUCAAAGAGACCCUGCCCUAUCAACUGAGCUUUCUGAUCUCAAAGGCGGAGAAAGAUGUGCAGGCCACUCUGGAUCCAGAUCUGGCAAAUCGCUGUUCCAUCAUAUCCACAGAUGAGAGUGUGAUAUACAAAUACCAACACACAAAAUCUCUGGAGAAACAGAACAGGUUUUACCCUGCUGCCUGUGUGCUGGGCUCUAAGGGCUUCACCUCAGGGAGAUGUUACUGGGAAGUGGAGGUGGGGAACAAACAUCUUUGGGUUUUGGGCAUUGCCAAAGAGUCUGUGACACACGAGGGAGCGAUAAGCUGUACACCAGAGGAGGGGGUCUGGGCUUUGCAGAGUACAGGGAAUGAGUACUGGGCCCUCACCUCCCCUAAGACUGCUCUGGACCUACAUCGUAGCCCCAGUAACGUUGUGGUUUAUCUGGAUUAUGAAGGGGAGAAAGUUACAUUUUAUGACGUUACAUCUUCUGGCAGAGAGCCAAUCUUUACUUUCACAUGCUCUUUCACUGGGAAGAUCGUCCCCUUCUUUGGGAGCCGGUGUGUCAAAUAUCGGAAACAAUUUGUUGGUUAUCACUAUGAUCUAUUGGAUUAAAACUGUGACGGAGGAGUGGGUAUCACACUCAAUAUGAGAUAUCUAAUAUAGAGCAAAGAUGUGGGAAAUAGAUAAAUUAUGGCUAUCACACAUUGCCAGCCUAUGAAAAUGAUGUGUCAGGCUCCCCAAAAUCAUGUCUCUCUUAAUCCUUUUCUACACAAACAUGAAGGCUGGAAAUGUAUCUGUAAUAUAAUCUGAGCUCCCUCAAAUCUAUCUACUCCAGCAGCUGGGAUUGUAAGAAAAACACUGAGUGCUGCAAGACUUACAAUAAAUUGGUGAUGAGAGAGGACAAGAUUGAAUUGCUCAGCAUUAUACUGGUGACAGGAGUUUCUCAACCCUUUUCCAUGCCUGUCUCUGUAACUCUGUGAUCCUCCAGGCACACACAGACUGGCCAACCAGGAGCCACUCCCAGGGUCACAGCAGAGCCUGCCUGUCUUAGGGCAGGUCUACACUUAAAAUGCUGCAGCGGCACAAACACACUGGUGCUGCUGUAAUACUUAAGUGAAGACGCUGCUAUGCCAACAGGAGAGCUUCUCCCAUCAGUGUAAUUAAUCCACCUCUGUAAGAGGCGGUAGCUAUGGCAAGGGGAGAAGCUCUCCCGUCAACGUGCCGCUGUCUACACCGGGAGUUCUGUUGGUAUGACUGUGUCACUCAAGGGUGUGGAUUUUCACACCCUUGAGUGACAGUUGUACCAAAGUAAGUUUACAUUGUAGACCUGGCCUAAGUUCUGACUCAAUCAGGGUCAUCCAUCAAAGUCCUCUGCUCUUUACUUAUGAAUGUAACAAGCAUAGUGAUGUUCUGCAUAGCCACCCCCCAGUUCCCUAGCUCAAUGCUCCUAUUUUGCUCUGUUUAGUUAUUUGGAUGCUGUAGAUUCAGAUGAGAAAAUUUACAGAAUAAAGUUUAUUUCUAUCUUCUGGUCUUGGACUUUCUUCCCUUUCAUUUCUUUUUGGUCUCCAAGAUCAUACUUAAAACUGUGCCUCUGAAAG